ACGAAAAGUACAAUUUAACUUCUAUGGUAAUCAUUCCAUCUUAAUCAAGUCUCAAUAUACGAGUACAUGUUAGAGGUGUCCAUUUUGAAAUUUAAGGGAAUUAGUACACACAAGUAAACAGUUUGUCAACAGAUGAUGAGGCUUUCUGUUCUUACGGCUUUAUUUGUACCUUGUCUCUCGCUUCAAGAGACGCACCAUUUUCUUCUGACGGAUGAUGGAAAGUCCAUUCAUCAGGAUGUCAUAUACAAUCAGGAGGACAAUACUGUUUUGGUCAUCGUGGGAGAUGUAUCCAUGUACAAGAAUACAAUCCCAACCAUCAAUUAUCAUGAUUAUGAUACGGGAUAUGUUGUUUUCAAAGACAUCAAACAUCAAAUGUGUUCAUUGUCAAGGGUACCAAUUCCAAAACCACCUCUUGAAAUUUAUAGACAGGGUGUGUCAAAUGUAACACUGCGAUUUACCGCAAAGCAUGACCCAACUUCUCUAACGUACUCAGAAGUAAAAGAGAAAGCUGGAUUAAAGAUUGCGGAAUUUUGCAAAGAUUAUGUUACAUUUUACCAAACUUUGAUUCCAAAGAGGAAAAACAAAAGAAGUGAGAAAAUUGCAGAGUCUCCAUGUCACUUUAUUUGUGGUUUUUGUGUUCUGGACUCUGACCAUCCAGACCCACACAAAAAUAACAAAGACAAAAUAAAUUUUGGAUAAUUUAACCCUGCUACAUGUAUCAUUGCUGUAACGUUGAAAAAAAAACAACAAUAAACUGCAUGUUUUUCA